CAAGCGGCCCGAGACACUGGAGCUGGGACGAAUGAAAUAAUACCGCAAUGCUGCGAUCGUUGCCUGGUGUCGACCGGCACGGCGCAAGCGUCCCGUACGCGCGACAUUCUGCAUGACAACGGCGUCAGGCCGCAGCCGGCGCGCUGCUGCAGCGCUGUGUCGGUCGGCGAGACAUCGCGAUGGUACACGGGCGGCGCGUAUCGCUGGCGCUGCUAUUGUGCGGCUUGCUGUGCACGCUGCUUGUGCCGUUUGCGCUGGUGCUGCGUUCACCAACGGUGUGCAGCGUUAGUGACGAAGAAGACGACUAUGAGCUCGGAAGCGCGGGAGGGCACCGACUAGCCGUGAUCAUUCCGUUUCGCGAUCGCUUCGACGAACUACUCCGGCUGGCGCCCCACUUGCAUCGCUUUCUGCGCAAGCAGAGGAUUCGGCACCGGCUGGUCGUGGUGAACCAGAUUGACACGUUGCGAUUCAACCGUGGUUCACUCAUCAAUGCCGGCUUCUUGGAGAGUGAGGCCGACUGCGACUAUGUUGCCAUGCACGACGUCGACCUUCUGCCACUUAACCCUCAGCUGAGCUAUGCAUUCCCUCCCAAUGGUGGACCGCACCACCUUGCUGCACCAGGCCUGCACCCGCGGUACCACUACCCAACUUUUGUUGGUGGCAUCCUUCUGUUGAGCACUGCUCGCUUCCGCCAGUUGAAUGGCAUCUCAAAUCGCUACUGGGGUUGGGGACUCGAAGACGACGAAUUCUAUGCGCGCAUCCGCGAGGCUGGCCUCAACGUUACGCGGCCUGUUGGCAUCACAACGGGCAAAAAAGACACGUUCCGUCACCUGCACGACCGCAGACGCCGGCCUAGGGACACGGCACGGACAGCUGACCAGAGACGUGAGAAUCGCCGUAGGGACCGUCGAACUGGCCUACGUGACAUACGGUACCAGGUUAAGGCUAGGCACAAGCUGAAAAUUGAUGGGGCACCCGUGGAUGUGCUCGAUGUAAGACUGUUUUGCAAUCGUACUGACACGCCGUGGUGUGAAUUACCGGUAACAUGACUGACAUGUGCAGUUUACUGAGUGUUGACUUGGCCCUCGUUUUCUUACACCAUCUGGUGCUGUAGUCACCUCUUUCUUUUUUUUUUUUGCUUUUAGCACAUGUGUAUUUUGUAAUUUGCCACACUAGAGAUGAUGUAACAGUGUUCGUCGCUGUGGCGCACUUUGUUGGCUGAAUUUCUCGCCUGUCACUUUGGGCUCACAUUGUUUGCAGCACUACGUGUAAUGAAUUGCCAAACAGCUGCCAUAUGUAGAUAGUUUUUCAGGGUGUUAUUCGUCUGUUGUCGACAGGCUGCAUGUUAAAGUGCCAUAAUUGUGUAUCCGAAGGAACCCUUUGGUGUCGCAGAGGCACUAUGAUUGUUAAAGGGACACGAAGGAUAAAAACAAUUUUUCUUGUAUCUGCCAAGUACUCUUUUGCAAUGCCGAAGUCGUAACGCUUGCUGCGAGAAAAUGCCUGGUAAGCAAGAAAACACAUGAAAGGAAACUGCAGGUGGCGGAGCCACCUUGAAAUUCCUGUACUAAAUUGUUCUAAUGUCAUACAUUUUCACAGCGUCUGCUAGGGCGCUCACAUUGCUAACAAAAUCAAACUAAACUGUCCUCCGAAGAGGCCAUAGGUUAAAUUUACCAAGCUUCAGAAAAUUUUGUUGACUCAGUGUAGCCAAAACAAACACAUUGAUCUCUCACAUUGUGCUGGUAUUCUCGUGCAAAGGUUUCAGCAAAAAAGUUUAGGGGGGAGGUACUGACGAAAUUUCUUGGCCGAGAUAGCCUGCAAGAUCGAUUCUCAUGAAUAUGCAUAUAUCAUCUGCAAAAUAUCGACAGUGAAUAUAGCUUGGAAAGUAUUUUAGUGCUUGAACAUUGAAUUUGGAAGAUAUUCACCACCAAACUGUCCUCUGAACAGGCCAUAGGUUAAAUUUACCAAGCUUCGGAAAAUUUCGUUGACUCAAUGUAGCCAAAACAAACACAUUGAUCUCUCUCACGUUGUGCUGGUAAUCUUGUGGAAAGGUUUCAGCAAAAAAUUUUAAGAGAGGGAGGGGAGAAGUACCGACGAAGUUUCUUGGCCGAAAUAGCCUGCAAGAUCGAUUCUCGUGAACAUGCAUAUAUCAUCUGCAAAAUAUCGACAGUGAAUAUAGCUUUGAAGGUAUUUUAGUGCUUGAACAUUGAAUUUGGAAGAUAUACACCAACAAAAGAUACCCCAUGAGGACCCCUUACUUCCCUCAAGUCACCAAGCUGCAGUCAAUAAAACAAAUUAUGAUGACGUCACAGCCGCAAUUUUCAUUUUGCCACGUUUGUUCCAGCAGUUUGUACUUCUCAGCGGCUAGUCGCCAGUGCAUGGCCAUGGCGCACAUGUUGGAAGUUACGUGUUUGGUGACACUGCAUUCUCGUUUCCUAUUCAAAAGGACUUCUUGAUGUGGACCAUGUGAAGAUGCAUCACAGCUCUGUGUGCUGACAUGGUCGAGAGCUGCUCACGCUAGGUUGCGAUAGUUGCAUCCUGCGGCUUGUAGUUUUUGGUGCUCUCUCAGACCGAAACUGAAACUGGUCGAUAAUAAAGAGCCUGUAAUUAAUUGUCUGUUGCAUUCUGCAGUAAAUGAUUUGCCUUGUCAUGGCUAACAGGUCCCAUCAACACAUUGCAGCAAAAAAACGUGAGGCCAAAGUUUUCGUGUCAGUGCCCCUUUACAAUAUGAUACUUUGACCUUCAUUUUAUCUUCUGUAAGUAAACCUAUGCUGGUGAUAUUAUAGACAGUAGUGUUUUUAAAGAAGUAUAUAUUCAUACAAAUUGGUUCAUUGUCUCACUUAACUGUCCUAUUAACUAACAGUGAACCUUUGGGCACUGCAUAAAAUCAUCAGGUUUGCCAUUAUUCAGAAUAACCUUGUUCAAAACUAUUCUGCUGUAGCCUUGGAAUGCACUCGAAGGGCAGUCAGUGGCUUCAUAGGACAGGCGCUUCAGUUGCUAUGCAUGGGAUUAUAUUUCAUCUUAUUAAACUUCCUCAAAAUAUAAUUAUAAACUUUUUCAUGGAUUUUCAAACUCUUUCAUGAUAAACUUUUUUUUUUUAAAGCUUACUCGGUGCAUGCAUCGCAUUUCCCUCCCACGAUAAUAGACGAGGUUUUAUUGCUGGAACCUCAAAUGGAGAACUGGCAAUGCUGAUAGCAAAUGUGCAUACGUAUGAGCCCAUUACAAUGAAAAUGAACUUUUGUCACUUGCAUAUAAAGUCAACAGCAGUUCAGGGACCUGGAGCGGGCUGACAUUUAACUCGUGUACAUGUAUUAAGGUCACAGACAGCUGUUCAACUCUUGAUGAAACGUGUUGUUCCAUACCCAUUGAUGCUAGUUAGCAUUAAGAACCAUUUUUAGUUUUAUUUAGUAAUAAUUUUUUGAAUAAAAUAAUUUUUAGUUAGACGUAUCUUACAGAACUCAUGAAAAAGGGCUUUGGGGGCGCUUUCUUUUAAAAGUUGUUGAUAUAGGUUAAUAGUCUUGUUUUUGUUCGGGCAGGGCGCUUGUAAUCUUAUACAUAUCGUCUUGAGCAACAGUGUGUACACCUGUGAAUGUCAAGUUUGGAGCCGCAUCACCCGCCAUGCGUUUCUUCAAAUAGCUUCAAACCUAGGGUGCACAUUUGUGCCGGCUUGCAGAGUUGACAACUAGCAGUCAUUGUUAGGGCUGCAUAUUGCUGCAGAAUAUCACUUUGCAAGAGAGGCUACCUUGGUGAGGUUCGUUUGAUAUGCCACAUACCAACACUAACAUGCGGAGUAUUUUUUGCUUGGAACAAAUACAACCCCAAAAACAAACUGCACGUGCAUUUCGUGUGGAAUAUUUCAUUCUUUCUAUACAGGAACUUUAAGUUGACUGAUUGCAGAAUAAUUGGAUAUUUAAUUACGUGCUGACUCAAAUUAUUUACUGAAUCUUGAACAAAAGCAAAAAUUUUCUUAAAGUUUGCUUUCCUGUAAUGUAAUACUGAGUGCCUUGGAAUCAUGUCAUGCGAACUUGAUGCAGUUGCAGACCGUGCAUCAUAAUUAAUGCCGGAUGGGCAUAUAAUCGUGUGGAGCACAUUAAGAUCUGCUUGGACUUGAGCGUGAUAAAAGAAGUUGUCUGUUUUUUGCUCGAUAGAGAACCUACUUUUCUGUGUGCGCUACAACAGUAUGGGGAAAAAAAAAAGACACAUUGCCAUCUCCUAAUGAGAUUUACAAUCCCACCUGUAACGGGCAUGAUUUGUGUUUCAGUAUGUUGUGAAGAGACCUGCUAAGGGGGGCAUUAUUUUAGGAACGAGCUCAUAUAUAUUACACGUCAUUCACUUAUCUUUAGAUUUAUGCAAAGUGUUUGAUGGCAUACCCUUGGAAUGAGGACAGGAAAAGGGUGGCAACACUUGUGCGCGGGAAGUCCUUUCCAGUCUUUACCAAUAUGAGGAAUGAAUGUGGUGACCAAGUGAGAAGGGAUGUGGUGUGCGGUUUGUUGAAGUGCCGGGCCCGCACUAGUGCUCGCGACGUUGAGUGAUUGUCGGUGAAUUGUACAGAUGUGCGUGCAGUGUUUUUGCACGCUCGUGUAUGUCCCUGGCUGUGUGCAAUAUUUGAACCUGAUGCAACAUGAACGUGUGUGAUGCUUGUUUAGGGGGUGAUAUCGUGUGUUCUGGACUUUUAAUGCCUUGUAAUUUUUUUCGUCUGCAUUGAUGUGUGUACUCUCCCUCUCGCUUAUGGCAGGCGAAUUCUGCUUAAUGCGGCAUGGCGUCCUCUCCGUUCUUUUUUUUUUUUUUUGCCGAAGUCUACGCAUUUUUCUUACUUGAAGCAUGACUUGUGACGACAUACGAAAAGUCCUGCGCAAGCCGCAGAUACGUCGCUUCUAUAAUUCAUGCAAGAUAUGUGUGGUAAUUCAGUGACGAAGUGGGAAGGGGAAGUGCUUAUCAGCCACUUCCCUUGCCCACCAAAACAUUCACGAGCUGCUGUGACUGCCUAGCUUACAAGCCCUACCCUUUAAUCUGACCCUUAAUUGUUCACUAGCUGCCAGGUUGCUGUCCGGUUACAUUAGUAUGGUUAUGUUAGUACAAAGGCAUGCUGUUCUACCGGCUAGCUUCUUCAACGUGUGUGCAUCGCCCACAAUAAUAUGCAAGUGCCUAUGUGAUGCAAGUAGAGUACUGCAAUUAGAUUCCCGCUGGCGAUGCAUAAUGGUAAUGACCAGCUCUAUGCUGACAAGGAGACUUAAAGUAAAAAAUUAUUUGGUUCGGUCAAGCGUAACAUUUUGCUUCUUGAGCUGGUGUUGAUUGAACGAGGAAUACAGCUGAAGGGAAAUAUACUGACCACUCAGUGGCCAUCAUGUAUAGGUGCUAUGCGUUGAGGUAAAUUGUCUGACUUCAACAGUUUGUUCAAAAAUAUGGACGCAGCGGGGUUGGUUAGAACUUUGACUUUCAGUUUGUUAUGUAGUCAUGAACAAAUUUUUUGUCUUUUAUAUUUACCAAUUCUUGCGGUUUUUCUGUGUAUCUGUUAUACAUAUACUGGUGUUAUACUUGAUAUGUUUUAGAAUGAAAAGUUUAUCAAUGGCACUCUGAUCUCUGUUAUUGAUCUAUCGAAGUACGAAGUUGGUUUCAUUUGCACGAAGAUGCUUGGUUGUAUUAGUAGCUGGACUAUAUGCAAAUAGAAUAUAAUGCGCAAUACUUUUUUUGCUUAGUAACUUGAUGUCUUGCAGUGCGUGAUUGUGCGACUGUUGGUUAAGAAACGUUGUGCUCAUGCAGGUGCUCAGGCAACACUGCAAACAACACAAGACAUAGUGAUGAGUCCUUUAUUAGGUAUUCUACAUUUUAUUCUACAUUUUACUAAGGGCCUCUCACCACGUUUUUGCAUUAUAAGCAAACAAGCAUAGGACUUGAUCACUCGAUAGGGAUAAUAUCUGUAAAUACGAAGUUCCUGUAGUGCCGAAAUUCUCAAAGCUUUCUAACAGAAUGCCAAAUGCGAGAGUCGCGCUUUGAGAACUCAAAAGCUAACGCACACGUCUCUACACCGUAGGCAUCCGUUGAAACAACCAGGAUCAGUCCAUGAUAAGUAGCGCGCACCAAAGCCAAUGAUGAAACAUCACUGACUUUGGAAUGUGUCAUCAGUCAUCAUUGUACGUUGAGCGUGCAAUACCACCACGCAGCUGACACAGAAGAAAAAUAGAAGGAAUGAAAAAAAUUAACGUGGGGCUUGUAACGUAACCAUAACACGUCCCUUCACGUGCUGCAGGUGGAACAAGGCGGGGCUCGCAAACGCUAGUUCGCUUAGGCAGCACAGCUUGCCUUCUGGGAAUGUAGAGAAAAAUGUGAGUUGAGGUUCUCCUAGCAUGUCGACAAAUAAACCAUUUUGAAAAAUUAUUUCCCUGGAAUGGCUUCCCAAGUGGAACUUAUCAACUUCCAGUGAUUAACGAUCGAAUAACCAAAUUUGAAGUGUUAUCUGGUGAGGGGCCCUAUAAGAGAAAAUGCUGCUCAUUACAAAAUGAUCAUUAUGCCUGACCGAAAAGCAGAUGAAAAUAAAUAACACAUGCAUAUUUCGCUUAUUUUUCUUCAACUGUCCCUUUUUGAAAUUGCAGUGCUCCGUUGUUUUUUUUCCCAUUCGUUUGACAGUCGAUCGGUACUUGAAGUCUCCUUUUGUUCAAGGUGUGCCAUAAAAUAUACCUAUCGGUUGUUCAUGUCUCACUG